AUGGCAUCGGAACAAGAAACUGCUCCCUCUUGGCCAACAACUGGUCAAAAAACAGUUUUUAUCAAUCAUGUUGACAGUUUCCUUACAGGGUAUUUAGCUAAGUUUUUAUCGUCUUGCUUGGCUGGCAUUACUUUAUUAGAGCAAGAUCUUCAAGAAGAAUUUGAAGAAGAAAUAGAGAAGGAUUCUCAGCCAGCAGCUCCUAUAAGUGACCAAUCCUAUCGAAUUAUCGGAUCUUUAAAAGAUUCACAGAAGUCUAAACCUCAUUUUGUUCAAUCUAUUGUUCAGAAUAGGAAUGCAUUAGAGUUGUUUCAAACGUUAUCAGAAUGUGAUAUUAUCAUUUAUGACAUUGUUUCUGACUCGUCUCAAAAUGCAGAAGCUUUUCAAAUGGCCACUAAGUUUGCUGAAAAUUGGUUGAAAAUGGAAAAAUCUACCAAGAAAACUUUUGUUAUCAUUAGCUCGGUUUUAACUUGGGGAUCUAUAACGUCUGCUGAAAUAGAUGAUAUCAGUCCUGUUUUUUCUGAUGAAGAUUUUCGCAGAAGGAGACCACAUAAACAUUAUAGAGAACUUUACAAUACUGAAAAAAUGUUGCUUCAGUAUGGCAGAACAAAAAAAUCUCUUAAUGCUUACAUCGUUGCACCUGGGCUAAUUUAUGGAGAUAAAGAAGAUGUUUUUCAUUAUCUUUUCAAAGCUGCUUGGUUGAAUCAAAAAAUUAUGCCACUCAUUAAUGAUGGCGAUAACUUCUUGCCUACUAUUCACAUCAAAGAUUUGGCAAGAACUUUACAAAAUCUGAUUGAAAAGUUACCUCCAAAGAACAAAUACAUUCUUGCAGUUGAUCAAUCACAAAACACUUUAAAGUCUAUUACCAAGUCGGUGAAUCAAGCUAUGGGGUCGGGUGCAAUUCAGUCGUACAAACCUGAGGAGGCCAUUCAGUUUGAGGACUUAAAUACAACAUUUGUUGACAUGCUAACUUUGGAUUUGAGAUUAUCAGCUUCCGUUUUCAACGAGCAACUUAAAUUUAAAUGGGCGAAUUCUAAUGGAAUGGUUGAAAAUAUGCCACAACUUAUUGAAGAAUUCAAAAGUGAACGUGGACUAAAGCCACUGAAGAUGGUGAUCAUAGGACCGCCAGGUGUGGGUAAGACAAGUAUUGCCAAGCGAUUACAAGAUUCACUUAAAUUGCAUCUCAUUUCAAUUGAAGAUAUCAAAGACAAAAAAUUGAAAACCCAAGGUGUUGGCAAAAUGGAAGAAAAAAAAUCCGCAACCAAUGAUUUUAAUGCUGAAGUUGAUGAAGAUGAUCAGGAAGAAGAAGUGGAAGAAAAAGAAGAAUAUGAAACAUUUUUAGACUCCGUGGAAGAAAUCCUUUUAGAAAAUGAAGGGAAGUUUGAUAAUAAUACUUUAAUAACGUGUCUCAAGAAAGUUCUGUUGUCGAAGCCUUUUCAAAAUCAAGGAUUUAUCAUUGAUGGUUAUCCUACAACAGCUGAGCAAGUAACUCUUCUAUUUGGAACGUUGGAUGAAGUGAAAGAAGCUAGAUCAGCGGAUGUUGAACCGGCCAACAAAUUGGCAGCUAUCUUACCUGAUUUGGUUAUCAAAUUGAAUGCUGAUGAUGAAUUCUUGAAACAAAGAAUUAGAGAUCUUCCUGCUUAUGUUGUUGAAGGAACAGACAAUGAAGAAAAAGCAUUUACUGCAAGAUUAGAAGAUUAUCGAAAGUUAAACACGGUAGAAAACAGCAUUGAAGAUUUUUUAGAUGAACUAGAAUUCAACUUAUCUUUUUACGAUGUUACCAAAGAUUUGACCGGAGUAAACGAAGAUAUAUUAAGUCAAAUUAAAUUCAGUAUUGGAGGAUCAAGAACAUAUGCUGCUCUUGAAGCCCAGCAAAAAGCAGAAAUUGAACAGAAAGAAGAGGAAGAAAGACUGUUAGCUGAUGAGGAAAGUGCAAAAAAUGAAAAAAAACUGCAAUGGAGCAAAAAAUUUGCUAUAGUCCAAAAAGAAGAAAAGGAGUUACUGGAAACUCAAUCACUACCUCUGAGACAUUAUUUGUUUCAGCAGGUUAUGCCCACGCUACUCAAUGGACUUACAGAAUGUUGUAAAAUUAUGCCCGAAGAUCCCCUUGAUUAUUUGGCUGAUUAUUUGUUGAAAUUCAACCCUGUUGUCGACUGA